AUGUGGGUACAGUGCAUGUGGAUGUGUGGUACAGUGCACGUAGAUGUGGGUACAGUGCAUGUGGAUGUGGGUACAGUGCACGUGGAUUUGGGUACAGUGCAUGUGGAUGUGGGUACAGUGCACGUGGAUGUGGGUACAGUGCACGUGGAUGUGGGUACAGUGCACUUGGAUUUGGGUACAGUGCACGUGGAUUUGGGUACAGUGCAUGUGGAUGUGGGUACAGUGCACGUGGAUGUGGGUACAGUGCACGUGGAUGUGGUGCACGUGGAUGUGGGUACAGUGCACGUGGAUGUGGGUACAGUGCACGUGGAUGUGGGUACAGUACACGUGGAUGUGGGUACAGUGCACGUGGAUGUGGGUACAGAGCACGUGGAUGUGGGUACAGUGCACGUGGAUGUGGGUACAGUGCACGUGGAUGUGGGUACAGUGCACGUGGAUGUGGUGCACGUGGAUGUGGGUACAGUGCACGUGGGUGUGGUACAGUGCACGUGGAUGUGGUACAGUGCACGUGGAUGUGGGUACAGUGCACGUGGAUGUGGGUACAGUGCACGUGGGUGUGGUACAUUGCACGUGGAUGUGGGUACAGUGCACGUGGGUGUGGUACAGUCAUGGAUGUGGGUACGCACGUGGGUGUGGUACAGUGCACGUGGAUGUGGUACAGUGCACGUGGAUGUGGGUACAGUGCACGUGGAUGUGGGUACAGUGCACGUGGAUGUGGGUACAGUGCACGUGGAUGUGGGUACAGUGCACGUGGAUGUGGGUACAGUGCACGUGGAUGUGGUACAGUGCACGUGGAUGUGGGUACAGUGCACGUGGAUGUGGGUACAGUGCACGUGGAUGUGGGUACAGUGCUCGUGGAUGUGGUACAGUGCACGUGGUACAGUGCACGUGAAUGUGGGUAGAGUGCACGUAGAUGUGGGUACAGUGCACGUGGAUGUGGGUAUAGUGCACGUGGAUGUGGGUACAGUGCACGUGGAUGUGGGAACAGUGCACGUGGAUGUGCGUACAGUGCACGUGGAUGUGGUACAGUGCACGUGA